AUGGAGCAUUCACGCCGAUUUCGUCGAAUUGGGCAGGGCCAUUGCGGCAGCGUCUGGGCCGAAGACACGGAUAUACCAACUCCGACAGAUGCGAUCAAGCGCGAAGACAUGGGCGAAGGUCGCUCACUCCUGAACGACUCAAUCAUGCACAAGCGCAUCGAGUACAGUCUGAAAGAAGUUCAAGCAACCCUCGGAUUUCCAACGCAUGUCAAUAUCCCGGCACACCGAGAGUACAUUAGAAACGACGAUGAUGCAUGGUGGAGACAUCACGCAUCGAGUUUCCCGUCUGGUUAUGAGCACUGCAACACUCUCGUCACAGAGCGCAUCCUGCCGUUUCAAACCCGAACGCGCGAGAAGUUGAUUGAUCUUUUCUGUCCACGGGAUAGCAGAGAGCUGGUCAAGCGAAACCCGCAAGAUACUGAUUGCAUAGUGCGAUCGUACCUUGGACGCAGAACACACAACCCUCGCCCGAGCAGGUUCUUCAAACUGCGCAAUAAGCCUCUCCACAUGGACCAGAUGGAGAGCAUGAGCCUUCCGGUCGAAAGCUACGCGCGAGUGAUGGCUGAAGCCUUGGCAGUCAUCUACUGGCACGCGAAGACAGAUGCCAGAGACGUCGAAUUCGUGCUUGCCCCAAGCCGACCAGGCGAGCAGACAUUCGGUUCUGACAUCUUAGGACCGCACAGAAUGUGGAUACUGGACUUCGAUUGCGUCAGGGAAAUCACCGUCGACAAGGACGGUGUCGAGAAAGCUGCUCAAGCCUUCUUGGGCGACCAUGGGAAUGACCCUUACUUUCCACGUCCCGGAAAUGAGACCGAAAUGGAUCGUAAGCUGUGGACCAUCUUCUCAGAUCGAUUUCUGGCGUGCAGCAAGAUGAUCACAGGAGACAGCGAGCUGCCAGAGAUGUUGAUCCACCGCAUCGAAGAGUUCGGGGAGGAGAGAAGGGCAAAGGUGAGCACAGCCCGCGAGGAGUAG